UUUCCACGUCGCAGUUCUCGUUGUCGCCAAUGGUAAGCGGUUGCGUGUACGACUCGAGCAAGGCCGGAGAAAGAUGGCGGCGCCCGUCCUGAGAGUGUCCACCCCUCGAUGGGAAAGAAUAGCCAGGCUCCUUGUUUGCGUCUUGGGUAUAUUGUUGUCCUUAUACGCCUUUCACGUGGAAACGGAAAAGUCUAGAGACACGAAUUAUCAGGCCAUGUGCGACGUGAGCAAUUCUAUCAGCUGUUCAAAAGUCUUCACCUCCAGGUGGGGUCGAGGAUUUGGACUGUUGGGCUCGAUCUUCGGAAACGACAGUGCAAUGAACCAGCCAAACAGUGUCUACGGAAUUGUAUUUUAUGUCUUUCAACUGUUACUAGGAAUCACCGUGAGUGCGAUGGCUGCCCUGAUCCUCAUGGCGACGUCCAUCCUGUCGGUGAUGGGCUCUCUCUACCUCGGCUACAUCCUCUACUUUGUCCUCGAGGACUUCUGCAUUAUCUGCAUCACCACAUAUGCACUUAGUUUCAUUCUCUUUAUGCUCAACUACAAGCGCCUGGUUUACUUGAACGAGGCCUGGAAGCAGCAGCUGCCGGUCAAACAGGACUAAGAUGGGGGUGGGGAAAAAAAAGUUAAACAAAUUACGUGAACUCUUGAACAGAACAUUUUGACUUGCCACCAGGAGACCUUGCUUCCAAAACAUUGUUUAUUAUGCUGUGUUUUAUAUAUAUAAAGAAACAGGAUGACUAGUCUGGGCCAGACAUCUCUCAAGUUCAUUGUUGCAUAAAUGGAAGGAUUUUCAAACGGGGUUGGGCGGGGGGGGGGGGUUCUCUUCGUUUCUCAUUUUCGUUUUGUUUUUUUAUUUAUACCCUCACACAUAAUAAACAAGCAGGAAAGCAAAGGUAGAAUCCCAGUUCACUUCACUGUGAAAGAUGAGAGGACAGGACAACCUUCUUGAACAAAAAAGGACCAGAACGUAGAAGAAAAUUGGGACUUCUAAAAGGUGUAUACUUGAAAUCGAUAAGAAGGUCCUGUUCCUGACCGGCUCCGGAGCCUAGCUGCAACGUCACUACAACCUCAGCGGAACUGAAUAAUGGGUCAGAAUACCAAAUGCAUGAUCGUGGAGAUUAUAAUCGUACAGUUGGCAGCAUAGCUAGGAUAACAUGAGAGCCAAACUAGGUUAACAUCCUACAGCAUACAGAAUAGUUUUUUUUUUUUUUUUGUACGUUUUUUUUUUCCCUUUCUCUCAAUGUUUACACUUUACAGCAGGUUUUUUUUUGUGUCUUUGAUAGUACCACUAAUAUUAAACAUGGGAGACUGUGAGAAACUGUGUGGAAAUCAGUCAGAAUUGUUGUUGUUUUUUUCUUUGUUUUUAUGAUUCUGUAAAUAGCUGCUGAGAAAUUUUCCAGGUUAGAUUGUGAUUUAGUGUUGACAUAGACUAAGUUAAAAAAGUAAUAAAUAAUUUUAAAAAAAAAAUGUUUCGAAAAGAAAUCACAAAAAAAAAGAAAAGAAAAAAAAGAAGUGAAGUCAAGUUGUCAUCUGGGUGAAUUAACUUCGUCUGAAGACGUUUUUGCAGUCGGUGUGUGACGUCUUAACUUCCUGCAACCCCAAGCGAGGCAUGCUGCAUAGACUUGCGUGGAUUCAUGUGUUCACUAAUCAGUUUCUUUCUCAGAAGUCUUUAACUCACCGAGGUCACAAAGCAUAUGAUAUGUGCACUCUCAAGAGUCUUCAGAGCAGGGUUGUGUUCAUUAGGCAACGCAACGUUUUCAUAACGUUUUGCACUGGAAAAUGAAAAUGUGUGUUUCUUAUAGACUGGUUAGCUGACAUCACGAAAACAAUGCACGUGCUUCAAUGGGGAAGAAGGCAGUGUGGUGGUGUGAUUCUGGAUGGCCAGAUGACUAAGCAACAAUGACAUGAAGCUACCAUGAGGGGAAUCGUAGGUGGCUUGUUUCAGUUAGUUUAACCAACGACUGUAACAAUGUACUUAUGUUUUCAAUAAACAAUGACGACAAUAUAGUUUGUGUUAACAAACAACCCCGUCAGUUUUGUUGCUAAGCAACCAACCCGUCUUAUUGUCCAGGUAGUACCCCGUUUCAGUUUUUUCUUCUUCUUUGGUGCCUAAUGUACAUGACCCUAGUUAAUUUAUUCUCUGCCAAGAUGAAGUCUUGCUCUCCGUGUACUUCCCUGUCGUUAUGUGUUAAAAGCAUUCCUGGACACACACUACUGUACCACCGGGGGAUCCAUGUAGACUUAUGUGCCUGAAAGAGAAGUGAAUUCCCUUUAUUGGGUUGGGUGGAGGGGGAUAUGUAAAUGAGAUGUGCAUUCCCUUUAUUUGGUUGGGUGGAGGGGGAUAUGUAAAUGAGACGUGAAUUCCCUUUAUUUGGUUGGGUGGAGGGGGAUAUGUAAAUGAGAUGUGCAUUCCCUUUAUUUGGUUGGGUGGAGGGGGAUAUGUAAAUGAGACGUGAAUUCCCUUUAUUUGGUUGGGUGGAGGGGUAUAUGUAAAUGAGAUGUGCAUUCCCUUUAUUGGGUUGGGUGGAGGGGGAUAUGUAAAUGAGACGUGAAUUCACUUUAUUGGGUGGAGGGGUAUAUGUAAAUGAGACGUGAAUUCCCUUUAUUGGGUGGAGGGGUAUAUGUAAAUGAGACAUGAAUUCCCUUUAUUGGGUGGAGGGUGAUAUGUAAAUGAGACGUGAAUUCCCUUUAUUGGGUGGAGGGUGAUAUGUAAAUGAGACGUGAAUUCCCUUUAUUGGGUGGAGGGUGAUAUGUAAAUGAGACGUGGAGGGGUAUAUGUAAAUGUUUCACUUAUUUUUUUCUCAUUGUCUCACCAUUGUUACAAACCCAUUGCUUUUUUUUGUUUUCUAUUUACUAAAUUGUAUACUUCAGGCCAUUGGUGUCUCUCUCACCCCUUGUGUAUAGCGCAAUGAUACGGUAGCACAGGCUGCCAAACAGUGAUCGUCUGUCAGCUCAAGGGUGGUAGUAGUAGGCCAGCCAUUCAGUUAGGCAUUUUUCUAGGUUAAGGUUGUCGAUUUAAAAAAAAAAAAAGUAGUAAGGUUCAGUCUCUCUCUGUGGAACAACAGCACUGUAGCUACAGUUUUUGGGGAAGGAAACCUCUUAGUAUUGGCCAAAGUGUGUGAUACAACCCAAGGCAGGUUGGAUCAUCGCGAAGCAGAAUAGCCGACAGAUCAGGUUGAAGCCCUUCAAACCUGAUGUGUAAGUUACUAUUCACAUUCAUGGACAGUGGAACAUCCCCUGGCUCACGUUGAACAAUCUCAUUGAUACUGUUUUAGAUGGGCACUCAACAGUCACUUUCUUUUUUUUUUACACCAGUUGGCUCCUUUAUUAGGAAAUUGCCAUUGUUUCCUUAUGGCCGAUGACUGCUUCCUGUUAAACCAUGCUAGGUCAUUAGUUGUACACGCAUGAUGGAAUAUGAGGUACUUAUGGGUUACACAUGGUUUGCAUUGUAACUCACUCACUAGCGCUGCACAAGGUAUUUGACACAAGAAUACUGGUAUGGCCUGUUGCAACCCGAAUUUUAGCAGUAGAACACCUGAGCUCUUUGGGACGCAUGAUGACAAGGUCUAAACCUCCAUUUUGUUCAUGAUGACCAGGUCUAAACCUCCAUUUUGUGCAUGAUGACCAGGUCUAAACCUCCAUUUUGUGCAUGAUGACCAGGUCUAAACCUCCAUUUUGUGCAGGAUGACCAGGUCUAAACCUCCAUUUUGUUCAUGAUGACAAGGUCUAAACCUCCAUUUUGUGCAUGAUGACAAGGUCUAAACCUCCAUUUUGUGCAUGAUGACCAGGUGUAAACCUCCAUUUUGUGCAUGAUGACCAGGUCUAAACCUCCAUUUUGUGCAUGAUGACAAGGUCUAAACCUCCAACUCCCAGAGUCUGGUUGUACACUAUAGACUUUCCUAAGGGGUUACUCACAGAGCCCAUGUUGGCAGCAUUCAUAUAGGUCCUAACGUUGGAGCAACAAACUUAAACAGGUGUAAUAAUAGUCCCAAAGUUACUUGUUCCAGAGAGGUACGGGUGGAGUGUUUGGCUUUAAGUCACACACGUCAAAAGUCCUUAAAAGAAGCUUGCUGAAUGUGUUCCUGUCGCUAACCUGCUGGAUAAGGAGUCAACACAUUUAAAAAAUGUUUUGAUUUUUUAUUCAAGUCAAAUUAGAAGAUAAAACACGUAUUAAUCAAAAUCAACAGAAAUACAGAUAAAUGUAUAAUGCCCUCGACUCAUUUUAAUCCACGUCCAUUUGGUUCUUAAAACGGUUUCUGUAAAUGAAUAAACCACGUGAGAACGUGUUCAGGAAGUCAUUCUUUAAAAAUGUCCCUAGAUUUAGAACCUGCAUCAACAAAUGCCUUCUGUUGGAUCACUGGGCCUUUCGCAGUUAAAUUGGACCCCCCCCCCCCCACAGCACUCUGUAGAUCGCCUGGGUGCCAGUCUGUUUCUGCCGUCGUGCCAACUUUAAAAGGAAAUGUCAUGGCUCGGCCAUGGCGUUGGUAAGAGCACUAACUGAUCAGAGACCAGGGGUGUAAACAUGCAGAUUCUUUUGCUAAAACCUUUUUUUUUUCAAAAACGGAAAGCGCAAACAAGUUUCUAUUGGACAAAUUCAGAUAGAUCCCUCCCCGCUUUGGUUCUUGAAACGGUUUCUGUAAUGAAUAAACCCACGUGAGAGGUAAAAAAAAUAAUGACUCACCGAAAAGCCCUGUCUUGUAUUUAAACGGUCAUUGUCUACUUUAUUUUCAAUAAAUGUUCAUAUUUUAAUUUCUGUCAUUCGAGUUAGAGGUCACUUGUUUCUGCUAUAUACAUUUUUUUUUGUUUUUUUUUGUCUGAAUUACAAGAUUGUAAAGUUCUUUCUCUGUGACAAGUGAAAUCAUUUUGUAUUUCUCUACUUAUUUUUGUAUGAAUGGGCUCUCCAUUGAUCGCUACAUCUUAGCUGUAUAGACUUAACAUUUCUGGGUUAUUUCAGAACGAGGGAUUGUCCAUGGGUCAGUUUGUUCAGAACGAGGGAUUGUCCAUGGGUCAGUUUGUUCAGAACGAGGGAUUGUCCAUGGGUCAGUUUGUUCAGAACGAGGGAUUGUCCAUGGGUCAGUUUGUUCAGAACGAGGGAUUGUCCAUGGGUCAGUUUGUUCAGAACGAGGGAUUGUCCAUGGGUCAGUUUGUUUGUGGGAGGAAUACUGUAGGUUUGUUUCUGUAUUUGACAAAUAAGUUGACAAAUGCUAUAUUUUCAUACAUGGAAAAAAGGUAUUACGUGAAUGGUACGAUUGAAUGGGUACAGAGAAACGAAUCGAAUGAAAUCCACUAUUUGCUUUACCUUGUGAGAAAACUGUUGCGAAAGUUGACAUUAACAGUGAACAUUGUAAAUGGGGGGGUCAUUGGUCAUGUGGAAAUGGUCUACCAUUAAAAACAUUCCAUCUGAAGUGACCUUUGUGCCUCUUCUUGUAGCAUCUCACUCUUUAUUAUUACACAAAAUAUGUAACUGAAAACCUGUCAUUUCUCUUGCGUUGUAAGUCGCUCUGGAUAAGAGCGUCUGCUAAAUGACUUAAAUGUAAAUGUUCAUUGCACGCAGUGUCAAUGCAACAGUUUGGGCCGCCUAAUUUGCCAGAAUUGUACGUAAUUAUGACAUGACAUUGAAGGUUGUGAAGGUUGUGAAGGCUGUUAGAUAAAAUAUGGAACGGUUCCGUAUUUUACUGAAAGAAUAAAUGUAUUGUUUCCGGAUUUGACCAUAUUAAUGGCUUGUAUUUCUGUGUUUAUUAUAAUUAUGAUUUGAUAGAGCAGUCUGACUGAACGAUGGUAGGCACCAGCAGGCUCGUCACUCGCUCUGAGACUAGGAGUAGUUGUUCCCCUUGCUCUGCAUGGGUAACGCUGCUUCGAGGGUGGCUGUUGUCGAUGUGUUCCUGGUUCGAGCCCAGGGAGGAGCGAGGAGAGGGACGGAAGCUAUACUGUUACACUGGAAAUACUAAAGUGCCUAUAAGAACAUCCAAUAGUCAAAGGUAAAUGAAAUACAAAUGCUAUAGAGAGAAAUAGUCCUAUAACUACAACCUAAAACUUCUCACCUGGGAAUAUUUAAGACUCAUGUUAAAAGGAACCACCAGCUUUCAUAGGUUCUCGUGUUCUGAGUAAGGAACUGAAACGUUAGCUUUCUUACAUGGCACAUAUUGCACUUUUACUUUCUUCUCCAACACUUUGUUUUUGCAAUAUUUAUGAGGCAAAAUGGAUUUUUAUUGAUGUAUUCAUUUAGUAUUGUUUAAUUGUCAUUAUUACAACAACAAAAAAGGCCCGAUUAAAUCGGUGUAAAUCAUAAUCGGUCGACCUCUAGUUAGCACGGUAUAAGGUUUUAUUCUUUAAAAAAGUGUAAUUACCCAAGGGCUAUAUUGAAGAAUCUCUACAGUUCAUCAUCUAGGACGUUAGGAACUAAAUUACACCAGAGGGGGGUAUACUACUAAGCUAAAUCUACUCAGGGUUUUCUAAAGCUAGCCAGCUAUCUUCACAUUCCAGCUCAGGUUUCAUCCGAACUACAACAGUGGAUAUUGCUCGUCCGCCUAAAUUUUAAACAGUCGUCAUCUUGCUCAAAUGAAGGGGAUGACCUAAUCUUUGUGAGAUGGAGGGUAUCGGAUUUCAUUGGUCCUCAACUCGCGGCUCAGACACGUCAAAAAUAAAUGGAGUUAAACCGAGCUAGCUUGCCGAAACUCAAAUACGUCUGCCAAAGCUUGUGGGCGAGCGGAUUACAGCCUAGAGUUACCAAAGACGACUCGAGGCUGUAAUCGCUGCCUAAGGUGCUUCAACAAAAGGUUUCUAAAAACCGGGUUUUGUUUUGUCAUUACGGGAUAGUGUGUGUAAAUUGAUGAGGGGAGGGGGAGGUGAGAAGACGAGAUAGUCCAUUUUAGAAUCAGGCUGUAACGUAACAAAAUGUGGAAAAAGUCACGGGGGUCUGAAUACUUUCUGUAUGUCUACGCUAAACGCUGCAUUAGUCCUUGACAUGUCUAUCACACAAUCUGAUUCAGCGAUUCAGACUGAAUAAAGUCCUCAAAUGAAUACAAAUAAAAACGACAAGAGUAAAAAAAUAAAAAUGCAUAUUCUUUCUUUCAUACAUCACAUUCCCAUUUAUUUACACUGAAAAGCAUCAUGAUUCACAUUCAUGUAUAUAACUGGUUGAUCCCCUGAAUUACAAAAAAAAAAAAGAGGCAAGACAGAGGUGGUAACCAAUGGUUGUGUACCAAGUCAUCGACUGUCUCAAAUGAGGGCAUUUGAUUCAUCUGGCCCGGGUAGGCGUGUUGAUUGCAUUUGUUUUGGAACAGGUUAAAGAUUAAAGACAUGGGAGUAAUGAGUAGGAAUUCUGUGUUUUCACAUGCAAAAGUGAUUGCUUUUGAUUUUAAAAAAAAUAAA